CAUUAAUCAUUGUCAGCCUUUUCUCGUAAUAAAUGGGUUGUCAUUUACUUAUAGUACUUUGCACGUGAUGACUAUUCAUACUUAUAUUUACUGUUAGUCCUAAGUAAAUUAAAGCACUAAAUGAAAAUUUUCCAAUUUUUUUGGUGAGUAUGAUUCAUCAAACGGUGUACAUAAAAUAGGGUGAAAUAAUCUAAUUAUCGUAUAUAAUCUAUCACAUUUAACUAUUCUACCUUUAAUUAUCAAUUUAUAGACAUACGACAUAAUUAACCAAUAUGUCUGACAUACAAUUAGAUAUUUUAAAGGCUGUCAAUGACAAUAAUGGAGUUAUUGAAAAUACUUUAAAUGACUCAACGUUAUCUAAAUAUGAUGCUGCAACUUUACAUUCUAAUUUAACUUCAUUAUGGUCAAAAGAAAUGAUUAAUUUCAGUAAAAUUGAAGUUGAUAAAUGGACUUUAACUGAUGAAGCUCAAUCAUAUAUUUCUAAAGGUGCUACACCAGAAGUUCAAGUAGUAGAUUUAGUAUUAAAAUCAUUACAAGGUUUAACAAUUUCUGAAUUAAAUACUAAUUUAGGUCCAGUAGGAUCUGUUGGUCAAGGUAAAGCAUUUAAAAAUAAAUGGUUAGGAAAAGAUGGUGAUAAAUUAAUUGCUAAAGUUGAUAAAUUACCAACUGAUAGUGUUUUAGAUGAAUUAAAAACCAUUGAAAAAACUGGUACAUUAGCUGAUAAGAAAGAAUUAACUGAAUUAAAGAAAAGAAAAUUAAUUAAUUUAGUUAAAAUUGUUGGUUAUAAAGUUGAAAAGGCUGAAAAAUUCGCCUUAGAAAUUACUAAUUUUGAAACAGAUAUUACUUCCGAUAUGAUUACUAAGGAUACUUGGAAAGAUGCUCAAUUUAAACCAUAUAACUUUAAUUCUGAAGGUGUAUACCCAUCUUCAGGUGCUUUACAUCCAUUAAAUAAAGUUAGAGAAGAAUUUAGACAAAUUUUCUUCUCUAUGGGUUUUACUGAAAUGCCUUCCAAUCAAUAUGUUGAAAGUGGUUUCUGGAAUUUCGAUACUUUAUUUGUUCCUCAACAACAUCCUGCUAGAGAUUUACAAGAUACUUUCUAUUUGAAAGAUCCAGUUAAUGCUAAAAAGCCAGAAGAUGAUGAAUAUUGGAAUAAUAUUAAACAAGUUCAUCAAGAUGGUAAAUAUGGUUCUAUUGGUUAUAGAUAUCCAUGGAAAUCUGCAGAAUCAUUAAGAAUGGUAUUAAGAACUCAUACCACAGCUAUUUCAUCCCGAAUGUUAUAUAAUUUAGCUAAAGAUCCAAAACCUAUCAGAUUAUUCUCUAUUGAUAGAGUUUUCAGAAAUGAAGCUGUUGAUGCUACUCAUUUAGCUGAAUUCCAUCAAAUUGAAGGUGUUAUUGCUGGUUAUGAUAUCACUCUUGGUGAUUUGAUUGGUUUCAUGGAUGAUUUCUUUGGUAAGAUGGGUGUUUCUAAUUUAAGAUUUAAAUCAGCUUAUAAUCCAUAUACUGAACCAUCAUUAGAAAUCUUUGCUUAUCAUAAUGGUUUAGGUAAAUGGGUUGAAAUUGGUAAUUCUGGUAUGUUCAGACCUGAAAUGUUAGAAUCAAUGGGUUUACCAAAGAAUUUAAGAGUAUUAGGUUGGGGUCUUUCCUUAGAAAGACCAACUAUGAUUAAAUAUGGAGUUUCUAAUAUUAGAGAAUUAUUAGGUCAUAAAGUUUCUUUAGAUUUCAUUGAAUCUAAUCCAGCUGCUAGAUUGGAUGAAGAUUUGGUAUGAUAUCAUACUUGAUUAAGAUAAAUAUGCAUAUAUACAUUUAUUUCUAUAGAGUAAUGGUACUAAUAUAAACAUGUAAUAAUGAACCACUUAGAACACUACAGUAAUUUUUGUGAAUGCGCAAUAAAGUUAUUUACUUGGGGAUUCAGCGAAAA